AUGGCUGUCAUCUGGUCUUUUGUUGUGCAUUCAACUUCGGUGUAAAUUUUUAUUCGCGAAAAAGAAAGAAGUUUCAUUUUUUUUGUCUUUUCACACUAAAAAUUUCCAACUAAAAAUCUAUUUGUUUCGAUAAAAAUGAAACCAUAAACUUUCUUAAAAAUUACUCAAAAUGAAUUCACCCCAAAACACUAUAAAAAGUAUCUCUAAUUGCAUCUGAAUAAAAAAAGUUCAUGGAAAAAAUAAAGAGUAUUACAAAAAUCCCACAACAGAAAUUAUAAAAUAAGAAGACAAAAAUCAUUAAAAUGAAACUAUCGUCGUCGUCUUUGCCGUCUUUAACGUCGUUGUCGUCGAUCUGAAUUAAAGAUAUACAGCCGAAGUAAUUUACCAAUCUGUUAAAAACAGAAGAAGCGCGCAACAAACAACCCAGAAGAUGGAAGCAGAAAUGAAAUAAAUACAAAAGACCACAAACAACGCUAAUCUAAACUAGCAAAUAAACACAAUUCCUCAAACGGCCAUGUCGAAGAAGUGCCAAAUAAGAAAACAAAUCGUACGAGAUCAUAAAACCAAUAUAAUAAUAAACAAUAACACUAAUUUAGAUAAACAAUUUAAUUAUUUUCUAACAUUUAUGCUAGAACCUAUCACCGCCACCUCCAUCGUCGCUGUCGCCGCCGGAACUCAAUUCUCUGCACCAAGCCAUUUAUAGAGAAAAAACAAUCAAAUUAUUCUCCCACAACUUACCACACAAAAGUCUUAAGCAUACCUAAAUAAAUAUAGAUAUUUAUUUUUUCUACCAAUAACUUUUACUAGUCAAAUCCUUUGGAAAAUCUUUUAGCGAAAACAAAAACAAAUCAAUCAAUUUACGAAUCUUCACGACAACGCGACGUGUACUAAGAAGCAAAAAGACACACACACAAAACACGAGACUGAGAUACGAUCUACAUCCACAGCACCAGCAGCAGAUAUCACUCAAUCCCCAACAACACAUUAAACAGCUAAGACAACAAAAUGGGUAACAAGAACUCUUGCUGUGCCUACUCGAGUCCACAGCCCGAGCGGAAAAUCAAAGAAGUUCCUCCGGUGUACGAAGAGCGCCAGCCAGAAAACGAACAAUACACAAACAAUCUCCAGCACAUCUCUGAGCGCGAAGCUCUCGAGGGUGAUCUGGAUCCGUCGGUCGACCCGUCAGCAGCUACAAUGUUCUUAGAACGUUCGAAGGUCGAGAACGGCGGCAUAACUCGAAAGCGCUCGCAGCACCAAAUCGCCCAACAGCAGGGCAGCAUCGGCGGCGGUGGUUUAAAGAAGAGUUCGUCAUGUUCCACAAUAUACCUGGAUGACAGCACAGUUUCCCAGCCAAAUCUCAAGAACACCGUCAAAUGCGUGUCGCUAGCCAUUUAUUUCCACAUCAAGAACCGCGAGUCUUACCGACGACUUGACAUCUUCGAUGAGAAACUCCAUCCACUCACCCACGACACAGUUCCCGAAGACUACGACAUCCACAAUCCGGAGCACCGACAGAUCUACAAGUUCGUUCGAACGCUCUUCAACGCAGCUCAACUGACUGCCGAGUGUGCCAUCAUAACGCUGGUCUAUCUGGAGCGACUACUAACGUACGCCGAGCUCGAUCUUGGGCCCUGCAACUGGAAGCGAAUGGUGUUGGGGGCGAUUUUGCUGGCGAGCAAAGUGUGGGACGACCAAGCCGUGUGGAACGUAGACUACUGCCAAAUUUUAAAAGACAUCACCGUCGAAGACAUGAACGAACUGGAGCGACAGUUCCUCGAGCUGCUGCAGUUCAACAUAAAUGUGCCGUCUUCGGUGUACGCCAAGUAUUACUUUGAUCUGCGUUCUCUGGCCGAAGCCAACGACCUGUCAUUCCCCACAGAGCCACUGUCCAAAGAACGCGCACAAAAGCUUGAAGCGAUGUCGCGAGUGAUGCAAGACAAAGUCACCGCCGAAGCCCUCAAGAAUGGCAUCAAAAAGUGGUCUUCUAUGGAUAACAUAAGUCAAGGUGGUCCGCGACGGAGUGUCGCUAUACUUUCGUGAUUUUACAUCAUCUACUAGAAGUCUCAAGAAGUCAAAGUCAAGCUUUCUACAACAUAAAUUAAUGUCGUCAGGAAAAGCAUUUUUAUUGUGUUUUCUAAUAUUUUAUGCGUAAGCCGCCGAACCUCUUUCAGGGUUCUCUUCUCUUUUUUAUCUCUCUCUCUCUCCAGCACGUAGCGUAGGCAAAUAAAUUAAUUUAAAAGUAAAGUAAAUUAAAAUAUAAAAAAACACAACACCAUCAAAAAACAUAAAAAGAAGUGGUUGUCGAAUUAAAAAAAUAGAGAUUAUCCUAGUUAGCUGUAGGCUUGUAGAAAUUCAAGAAAUAGCAAAAAGAAACUCCAAGAACUCUUGGAAACUAAAGUGGAAGUGAAAGUGAAAGAAGUGGAGGAAGAGGAAGGGUGGACAUUGGAAUAUACGAAUAUUAAGAGAAUUCUACAGAACGACGAAUUUAAUUUGUUUCUUUCUUAAUUUAACUUUGUUUUUUUUUUCUUCUCCAUUGUUUUAAUUUAUUUAAUUAAUUAACAAAAUAUUUGUACAUAAAUUUCACAUUAUACAAGGAUUAUGUUUUAUUCUUGCUUCUAAUCAAGUUUACAUAAAUUUAAGUUUAUAUCCAAAGCUUCGAUUAUUAUAUUUAUAAAUAUAUAUAAAACAAAUUGUAUAAUGUUUUAUUUUUCUUUAAAUUAUGCUUUUGUGUAUUUUAAAACAAACAAGAAAAACAACAACAAAAGAAAUAACCAAUUGCAAUUAUGUAACACGAAAAAAAUAAUAAUAUUUUUAUAUACAUUAAGAGAACGAGAGAAAGUAAGAAAGCAAAAACAAAAGAAAACAGA